UGUAGCUGCCAGGUACAACGCACAAGCAAGCUUAGAGGAAGCAAGCGGAAGAGCCCCCUGUCUCCCGUCAGGUGAUAAAAGGAGGAGAUAACAAAGGAUGGCCGACGCGGUACUGGGCAGCGUGACAAACGCUCUCGAUAUUGUGUUCAAGAUCAAACAUGCUGUGGAUACAGUUAAACGGAAUGAAAAGGAAUGCCAAAAGAUCAAGAGGCGUGUGGAGAGGGUCGGGCACACGCUCGCGUUGUGCCAAAAGGACGCGGAGCUAAUGAACCCCGAAGGGAGCGGCACUGCACUGGAGGCGCUGCGUGAGAUCCUCGCCGAGGCGCUCGAGCUCGUCACAGGCUGCCAGGAAGAGACCAACAUGUGUUGUCUCCUCAUAAAGGCCGGGGAGAUGUCCAAGCAGCUCAACCAGGUGGACCAGAGUAUAUCCAGUAUAAACUCUGAUGUGUCGGUUGCCAUCAUGGUCUGCAUUGCGCCGCACACCAAGCCACUUAAACUCUACCAAGUACCGGAUGGACAUGGCCGUUCGCUCCAACUGGACAAACGAACACGGAGUGUACCACAUACAAUUUCUGAAGUUGCCAUUGAGAUCAAGGUAGCGUUGGACAAAGUUCAGAGGAACAAGGCAGAGUGUAAUGAAAUUGAAAAGCGUGUGAAUGGAGUCAAUGCCCUCCUUUCACAGUUUGGGAAUACAGAACUCAUGAAGGACCCAUACAUGAGGGCUUCAAUAGAAAAGCUACAUACAACCUUUUGCAUUGCUCGCACACUCGUCAUGGAUUGUCAGAAAAGAAAUAUCAUUUUCAUCCGAUCUGGUUGGGAGCUGUCAAAACAGUUACAUGAGGUACUAGAGAAAAUAGAUCUUGCCCUUGAUGAGAUGAUCACCAUCAGUUCCAGCUAUGAAUGUACAGUGUGACAAAGUGGUGUGCCCUACAUCCUAGCCUCUCAAGUGCAAAUUUGAAGUAAAUUAUGAUGGUAAAAGGAUGGUGGCCAAACCGCGAAUCAGCUAUGGAAUACAAGAAUGGUGCAGUUUGUCCGAUUAAAGUUGGAUAGUUGAUGGUUGUAUUAAACAUAUCAAUGACUACCUACUUUGGAAACAAUCCAUUAGCUCGGGCAGGUUUUUUAUGAAGUUCAUAAUUAGGUAUCCAGGAUUUUUAUCUAUGAAGAAAAAUCCAGACACUCUAUGUCUAGUUUAUGUCCCCUCCAUAUAUUAUUGGGUGGGGGGGGAGUGAGAAUAAAGAAGUGCUUAUAUUUAUGUUGAUAUAUCUAUGAUAAUAUUAUGUACCUUAUGAGUGUAUUAUAGACGCAUGAUGAAAUGGUAAAUCUAAAUAUAAGAAUUCUCAUU